UAAUAAAAAGAAGUGCAUGGUUAAGAAGUCCGCAAUAUGUAAACCAAAUGGAAACACCAGCCCUGUUCGACACGGAAAUGCCUUCCAAACUAUCAUGCACAGUAAGAUGUGCGGAGGUUCCCGGAUGUGACGUGGUAGCAUACAAUGAAUCAGCAAAACAAUGUAUGGGGCAUGCUUCCAUCCUGAUCUCAAACACGGCACCAAACCAGUUUUGGAACGUUGGAUAUACUGCGACGAUCUCAACAACAUCCAGCCCUACGGCAAAUGCCACCGUAAUUAUGAAAAGAGUUUGUGCCGGUGAUAACUAUACCUUUGUGGCCUAUUUGAACUGGUGUGUCCAGCUUGUGACCAAUCCUAAAAGUAGCUGGUCAGGAGCAAAGACUGUCUGUCAGGGAAAUGGAGGACAACUGGCCGUGCUGGAUACCUUUGAUAAAUAUACUUACGUGAAAACCAACUUCAUUGGCAUCUAUUUCACUGAACGACUGUGGGUUGCAGGCUCGCUGAAAGACGGCUUGUGGUACUUUCCGUCUACUGGAGAAGUUUUCAACCAAAGUCUGAAUGAUUGGCACCAAGUUUUCAACGAUCUUACCGGGACUGGCUCGUGUCUGUCCUUCUUCAGAUUGCAGUUCUAUAGCGCUAAUUGUGACAGCCUUUAUCCAUUUCUGUGUGAAGAAGUAUGGUGAUUAACACGAAAUAUCAUUCCACGUUGUCUAGAAAUAAGGUUUUCGUAGAUACAGAGCCGAAAAGACAAGUCCAAUUUAACGGGUUCCGUGUGGAUAGAUGCGUGAGAUUAAUGUGGUCUGUCAGUGACAACAAUAUAUGGUUUCCUUCAUUUCUAUUUUUCUGUGUAAAUGUGUAAAUACAAAAUUAAAAACGAAA